UUCCGGCGCUUUAUAUAAAGACCGCCCAAUCCAAACUUAGGAAGAAUCUCCCUCUUUCUCUCUCUAAAUCUGUGAGAAGACUCUGUUGCGGAAGUAUCCGAGUCUACCGAUCGUAAAACUCUCACGAUGCUAGAUUUUGCAGAGAUCUCAUGGGUCAUCUUCCCCUUCUUCUCAAAGCUCCUCAUCUCCCUCCGGCUGAUCCUCAGGAAGCAGCACCAGAAGACUAGGAAGAACUCAGCUCUCUCCUCCAUGGCCCUCAGCCCCGCCGCCCCUUCCCCCGCUCUCUCUCCCUCCUCUGCAACAACACCAACGCCCGCUAGAUCUCCCUCCCCAUGUUCCCUGCCCUGGCCCAAGGUCGUCUCGCCUUCCGCCGCUCCUCCGCCUUCUCUGGCGUCGAAGCCAGAUCGCCUCCUGUCAUUCAAGCCGGAGACCCCGAUCGGCCUCCCUCGCGUUGGUACCUGCGGGGAAGACGGCGCGAAGGUCGCCGGAGUGAUCAAGAGGAAGCGGCCGGCGAGGUUGCUCAUCCCGGAGAUGCGCCCACCUCCGGCGGAAUGCGAUGAGUUUGGAGGAUGGGAGGCGGAGGAGAAAGUGGUGGAGGUUGAGGGGUCGGGUUACUGUGUGGUCGGGAAGAAGGGAAGGAGACGAGUAAUGGAGGACGGCUAUGGAGUCAUCACCGACGUCCUUGAAGAUCCCAAGCAGGCUUUCUUCGGCGUGUUUGAUGGGCACGGUGGCCGUGGCGCGGUUGAUUUUGUGACAGAAAAACUUGGCAGAAAUAUUUUAUCCGCCACUAAAGAUGUACAACAUGCAGAAAACGGUUUCAGAGAAGCCAUUAGAACUGGCUACCUGACCACAGACAAGGACUUCCUAAGUCAGGGUGUUGGCAGUGGAGCUUGUGCAGCCACUGUGCUGGUGGAAAAUGGCAAUCUACACGCAGCAAAUGUGGGAGAUUGCAGAGUCGUUCUAAGCAGAAAUGGAGUUGCAAUCCCCUUAACAAGCGAUCACCGCGCCGAAAGAGCCGACGAACGCAGAAGGGUCGAGAAUCUGGGAGGAUAUGUGGACUGCAUCAAUGGAGUUUGGAGAGUUCAGGGCUCGUUGGCAGUCUCCAGAGCCAUUGGAGAUGUUCACAUGAAGGAGUGGGUGACAUGUGAACCGGAGAUCAACGAAAUUACUCUUUCAUCUGACUGUGAAUUCUUGAUCAUGGCUUCAGAUGGCCUGUGGGACAAGGUGAGUAAUCAAGAGGCAGUGGAUGAAGUUAUGAAGAACAGGAGCAGAACCGAGUCUUGCAGAAAGCUUGUGGAGAUGUCUUCUCGCAGAGGCAACAAGGAUGACAUCACGAUCAUGGUGGUCGAUCUUCUAAAGUUCAUGUGAAAUUCAAGUCUGCAGAAUUUCAUCUAAUUAGAUUGCUCGACAUUCAGAGUGGGGGAUCUCUAGAUCUCAUAAACCCGAGUGUAUAUGGUUACGAGAGACUUUCUUGGCCAAUUUUGAACUAUAUAACUAAGGCCGUCCGGUAGCCAACCCUGUAUCAUAUAGCCCUAUUAGGUUGAUUCUUUUCUGUAAUUUUUGUUUAUUUUUCAGUUUCUUGGUGAACAAGAACAUUGGAUCUAAUUCAUGAAAAUCAAAUCAAAUGGAGUGCCCAAUGUCCAAUGAA